AUGAUCGAUCUGCAAUUAGUUGCUGAUUUGCUGAUCAUUGAGAAGUUCAAAGCAGGUGAUGAUGUUUUAGUCUUCUACAGGAUGACCAAGCGCUGUAGACCUGAGAGAAAAUACCUGGCUGUCCUUGAUCAGCGCCACGGUGCGUAUCGUCCACGCUGCGGGAUCUCCGAUGGCUGGGUGCCUGCGCGAGUCGUGGCCGACCAACAUGAGAAGGACAACAGUGGAGAUGUCAAGGUCGAGUACACGUGGCCGUUUUUCUUCACACAGAGAGGGCACAUGGCUGAUGCCUGCAGUGGUUGGACAGAAUGGUUUCCAGCGCAUCAUGUUCGAAAAGAUCCUGAUUCCAAGCGCCAACGGCUCGGAAGCCUCGAUCCAAAGCUGGCCAUUCUGACCUUCCGCUGGGGCGGUCUCAAUGAGAUCAUCGCGCCGGCCCAAUGGGGCGAGACAGGCAGUUCAGUGUCUGACAUCUUCAUUGAUUCCUACUGCGAUCAUUUCCAGCAGCAUAUCGGGGCAGACUACGAGGUCUGGACAGUCUACAUCGAGGACAAAAGCGACAUGGACAAAGUGGCGGACACGGCCCAUCUGCUCUUCAGCGGGCAGCAUCCGUUGCGCCGUGCACGGAAAGUCUGUGCCAUGUACCACCUUUAUCCCACAGGCUUCGAGGAACACUGUGUUCCCACCAGUGAAACUGGUGGCGAUGGCGGGGCUGCACUGGUAGACCAGAAGGCGUUCUUCCGGAUGAUGCAAGCCGUGGAGCGAGCGGGAAUUCCGAGCCGCUUCCCCCACGAUUCGGGGCUCUAUGAGUUGCUGGCAUCCAAACGCUGGACGUACUACAUGGCGCUGGCGCCACAUCUGCAGCUUCCAGCCACCAUCGCAGUGCCUCGAAUGCUCAUCGAACAGGAUGGGGCGGACUGCAAGCAGGCUUCACACUUUGCCUACAAAGCCCUGUGCCAAGUGCGCCGGAAGCAGCAGAUCCUGCGAGGGGAAACUCCCAGUGACGUCCCGAUUAUCAAAGGAGUCGCCAAACUGGGUUUCUCAUGGGAAGCUUUGGAUGUGAAAUUCUGGGAAGGCCAACGUGGCUUGGAAACGGCCAUUUCCCAGCUCACCCAGACCAUUGAGAUCAGCGAUGAAAUCACCGGACAGCCCCAUGACCUGGAAAAUCUCAUCGUGCAAGAGUAUGUGGAUCAUGAUUUAGAGCUUCGACUCUAUGUGGUCGACGGCGAGGUUGAAACCACCAUCUUCACCAAGUUUUGCAAGAUCAAGCCCAACAAUGAGUUUGGUGACUUCAAGGAGGCCUUCACUUCCGCAGAGGCGGCUCAGUGGAUUGGAGGAGAUUUAGCGGCCCUGGAGGAUGGCGAGCGGCAGUGUAGGGAAAUUACCGAGCACUGGAUGGACUGGGUCCGCAUGCAGACCUGCCAAACUCCUCCAGGGAUUCGCUUCGAUUACUUCGUGGGCAAAACGGCGCCGGGCAAAGCAACGGUCCGAACACUGGAGAUUUGCGAGUUGGGCUUCAGCAUGUUGGGCAAGAAGGGCUUGCCGAAGAAAGUCUUCUCGGCGAUGCUGCGGGCGUGCCUGGAAGAUGAAACGGACAUCGCAGACUUUGAGGAUGAGCCAGAAGCUGGAUCGUCGCAAGUGGUAUCGGAGAGCGCCGAAAGCGAGGCACCCGAGGCUUUGCUGGAGCAGAACGGUUCCUCAAUGCCCUCGGUGCUGUACAUCACGGUGCCGCGGGUGGCGCAUGGCACGCCGGACCAGGUGAAGUGUACCGGGAAAUACGAACAAGUCCCUGGCACCUUCCCCAACGGCCAAGCUUUGUGGAUCCAUGAUCGGGGUGAUCGCUUUCUGUAUGCCGGAAACGAUGGAUACUGGUAUGUUGGAGAUGAAGAGGAGCAAGAUGCCAACUUCUGUUGUGAGUCCGGCUACAUCAGGCAUGCAGGUGCCGCAGGCAUCCCUCCAGACCAGCUCCGGGGUCCCUGGGAACGAGGGCCCGGUUGGUAUCCGGAGAUUGGAAUCCUGGUGACCACCGAUCCAGAGGCGAAACCUCCCAAGCUCGGCAAGGGCAACAGCAAGGCCAAAUAGCUGGCAGGAGAAAGCGCCCAGGAACGCGAAGUGAGCUGGCCUUUGAAGAGUGACUCCCUCGGCAUGUCAGAGCCAGUGCGAUG